GCGCCGGGGCGGGGCGAGCGGAGGGCGGGUUUGAAUGUGCUCGGGCGGGCGCGGGAAGCUGCUCGGGUGAGCGCGCGGACCUCCACGCGGGAGGACUCCUUCCCAGCAGGAGGAGCCCAUGGACAAGACCUGCCGCCUGCCUCUGAGCUAGGACCACCUCCCACAGACCGCCCGGGCCCCAUCUGCCCCGACCCUUCUGCUGGCAAGUCUGGGCAUCCGCAAGCACCGGAGGGAGGAAGCUGUCAGCCAGGCAUAACCAAGAACGCCAUCACCAUGACAACCAGUCACCAGCCUCAGGACAGGUACAAAGCCGUCUGGCUUAUCUUCUUCGUACUGGGUCUGGGGACGCUGCUGCCCUGGAAUUUCUUCAUGACGGCCACUAAGUAUUUCACAAACCGCCUGGACAUGUCCCAGAAUAUGUCCUUGGCCCCUGCUGAAGUAAGCAAGGACAUCCAGGCCUCGGCCAGCCCCCUGGCACCCUCGCCAGAGCGGACCCAUCUCAGCACCAUCUUUAACAAUGUCAUGACCUUAUGUGCCAUGGUGCCCCUGCUGAUCUUCACCUGUCUCAACUCCUUCCUGCAUCAGAGGAUCCCCCAGUCUGUGCGGAUCCUGGGCAGCCUGGUGGCCAUCCUGUUGGUGUUCCUGAUCACUGCCAUCCUGGUGAAGGUGCCCCUACAUGAGUUGUCCUUCUUCGUCAUCACCAUGAUCAAGAUCAUGCUCAUUAACUCUUUCGGCGCCAUCCUGCAGGGCAGCCUGUUUGGCCUGGCCGGCCUCCUGCCCGCCAGCUACACAGCCCCCAUCAUGAGUGGCCAGGGCCUGGCAGGCUUCUUCGCCUCCGUGGCCAUGAUCUGCGCCAUUGCCAGUGGCUCCAAGCUGUCGGAAAGUGCCUUUGGCUAUUUUAUCACAGCCUGUGGAGUUAUCAUUUUGACCAUCAUCUGUUAUCUGGGCCUGCCACGGCUGGAAUUCUACCGCUAUUACCGGCAGCUCAAGCUCGAAGGGCCCGGGGAGCAGGAGACCAAGCUGGACCUCAUUAGUAAAGGAGAGGAAGCAAAACCAGGCCAAGAGGAGACCCGAUUCUCGGCCCCCAGCUCUCAGCCCACCAAGGAAAGCCACUCUGUCCGCACUAUCCUCAAAAGUAUCUUGGUCCCGGCUUUCUCCGUCUGCUUCGUCUUCACCAUCACCAUUGGGAUAUUUCCUGCCGUGACAGCUGAGGUCGAGUCCAGCAUUGCGGGCACCAGCGCCUGGAAGGCCUACUUCAUUCCUGUGUCCUGUUUCUUGACUUUCAAUGUCUUUGACUGGCUGGGCCGGAGCCUCACAGCCAUCACCAUGUGGCCUGGGAAGGACAGCUACUGGCUCCCGAGCCUGGUGCUGGCCCGGCUGGCCUUCGUGCCCCUGCUGCUGCUGUGUAACGUCCAGCCCCGCCGCAACCUGCCUGUGAUCUUUGAGCACGAUGCCUGGUUCAUCAUCUUCAUGGCUGCCUUCGCCUUCUCCAACGGCUACCUUGCCAGUCUCUGCAUGUGCUUCGGGCCCAAGAAAGUGAAGCCGGCUGAGGCGGAGACAGCUGGAGCCAUCAUGGCCUUCUUUCUGUCUCUGGGCCUGGCCCUGGGGGCCGUCUUCUCCUUCCUGUUCCGGGCAAUCGUGUGACCGCGGAUGGACGGCAGGAUGGCACCAGCUGCCUGCUCCUGCCUUCCCCUUUGGGGGUGGGCAGGGGUCCUCUGGAGGUUUUCCUGUCUAGCCAUCUUCUGCUUGCUCAUGGCCUGUGCUGGGCCCGGCAUCCAGGCCCCGAGGAGAGAGCUCUGUGGAUGAACAUGGGGACACUGUGGGCUGCAGGGUCAGAGUCAAGGGAGGGGACACAGUCUCUGCUCACGCGGACCCCCCACUCUUGGCUCUGACCAAUGCCUGCCCGGGCAGGGGUUCCUAGGCUCAGAGAGUCGUGUGUCUUGUCUGUCUGCCUGUACCAAGGGUGGCCGGGGGCCAGGACUGCUUGUUCUGAAGUCUGAUCUGGGAUUUCUGCAGCCCCCUUCUCCCCAUGUGCCUCUUCCUCCCACCUCUCCAUGUUCUACCCAUCAUGAACACUGUACAUUUGCCAUUUUACUGCCUUUUUUUAUACUCAAACCAGGGGCCUUCAAAGGCUGGUUAAAUAAACUUUUUUUUUUUCCUCC